AUGCCGAAGAACUUUGUGUUGCCCACCGCCCUCAAGGCAUAUGAGGGAUUCAGAGAUCCCCACGUCCACAUUAAGAAAUUCCAAUCCAUGAUGUUCUUUAAUGGUGCCUCUGAACCUAUACUUUGCCGAGAUUUUCCUACUUUUCUAGAUGGUGAUGCAUUACUUUGGUUUUCUAAGUUGCCUGCAGGUUUAAUCUCCUCUUUUGAAGAGCUGGGCCGAUCUUUCAUCGACUAUUUUGGCGCUUCAAGGAUAUAUGUACAUGGAUCAGACUACCAAAGUACCAUCAAACAAGGGCAACAUGAGAGUCUAAAAGAUUAUAUGACGUGGUUUUCCAAGGCAACCAUGGAAAUCCUAAAUUUAAGCCCAGAAGUCCACUUACACACUCUCAAAAGUGGUCUCCACCCUGGGAAGUUUCAAGAAACAAUAGCUGUUACCAAAAUGAAAACAUUGGCAGAAUUUCGGGAAAAGGCAGAUGGUCAAAUGGAAAUCGAGGAACUCUAA